UAUAAUAACUGCUUUGUACUAUAAUGGACCCUAAUAUAAAAAAAAAGAGAACAAAUGUAGUACAAGUAUACAAACUCGAAAAGAAAGCAUGCAGUAAAAGUUUAGAAAGUCAAUAGAAAGUUUGCACGGAAGUCAACAUUAUUCAACCAACUACCUACGAAUCGAAACUACUUAUUUGCAAGCUUAUUCUCUACUUUCACAUCCCCAUAAUACUUUGCUUCUUUGAGGGGUAACCAGAGGGUAAAAACCCACUUAUUUUGCUGAAGGCUGAUCAGACAAUGUUGACAAUACCUUGUUUGGUAUCCAAAACUAAAAUGAAGAAGUAAGAAACAGAAAAAGAUAGAAGCUUGAAGACGCUUAAGGUAAAUUUWAAAAWUUUUUUCGUAAGUCAAUACAUUUUCUAUAAGACGAAAACUCUUGACACGCAAAAAUAACUUGGAAUAAACUGAUAAUCAGUGUUGUACAGAUAGAAGCAGGUAUAGUAUAAAUUCAAUUAAGAAACCUUUCAAUUUGGGACAGUUUUUUGGAUGGUUACCCCCCAAAGAUGCGAGGCAUUAUGGGGAUAUGAAAGUAGAGAAUACAUGCAAGUUUCGUUAUUCGAUUCAUAGUAUACCCGAUUCACAAAGUACAUCACGAGCAUACGACUGUAUUUUUCAAGAUGACUACGGUGCAGCACAUGUUAUUUGUUCUUCUUCUGCAAUUUGCGUGUUUGGAAUCGUUCGAUGCAAAACAAUCGAUACGUUCGAUGAAGCAUACGAAUGGCUCUCACCCAUGCCCUCAACCAACCGUGGGAAACUGUUCCUGUGAGUGGACUGGACCCUACGUCAAGGUCACGUGUGUUGGGCUCGACACCGUGCCAGAGAAAGUACCAGAAAGUGCAUUAUACAUAACAUUUUUCAACGGAACCAUCAAAGAAAUUCCCCAGAACUUUUUUCUAUCCUUCAAGAACCUCAUUACUCUAAACCUCAAGGAAAACAAAAUAUCAAACAAGUUUAAACUUCCAAAAAGCUUGUUCAACUUGUUCCUAGAUAAUAAUUGCCUAAACGCAUCUACUAUUUUUGGAAUGUUUGAUGGUCUUACCAGACUACGAGCCCUUCAUUUGUCAUGGAACCCACUGGGGGAAAAACUCGUCCCUGGCACAUUUUCUAGCGUUAAAAAUGUGAUUGAAUUAACUUUGGCGAACUGCUUGCUGGAAGAUGUUGGAGAAAAUAUGUUUUUAGGACUCACCAAUUUAAGAACGUUGAAGAUAUUUGGAAACAAAAUCAGGACCUUGAAAAGGGGGGCAUUUCGUGGAAUCAGUUGUCCAAAAGGAGAAACAUCACUAACGCUGAAACUUGUUGACAAUUUGAUUUCUCACAUCGAAGACGGCGCUUUUGAAGGCGUUCAUGGCCUCUUUCGACUGUCUCUAGAUGGGAAUCAGUUAUCCUCCUUCCCUAACCUAACAGGAUUUCCAAAAUUCAGUGAUUUGACUUUGAGUCAAAACAACAUCGUAGAUGCCUCUUCGCUUACGCAUUCUGGAAUCAAACAAUUAGAAAACCUAUUGCUCAACAACAACCAAAUUUCAGUGAUUCCUGAGGAUUUAUUCAAACACAUUAUUAUCCGAACUUUGGAUCUUUCAAGCAACAGAAUCAAGGAAAUCCCCCCUCGAUUUCUCGAAAAUCCAAAAACACCUCAGAUUAUAAAUAAUUUAUAUUUGUACGACAACGAAAUCGAGUUUGUUCACAGUGAAAGUUUUGCAGGUUUACCAAACCUCAAGACAUUGCCACCUCCUAUUACAAAUAUCAAAGCCUUAAUGAGGAUUUUGUAA